AUGUCGGAACGCAGCCGGCGGACGCGCCUCCAGCUCCCGGAAGAACGACCGCUCCUGCAACGGGACCGCCCCAGCCACAGCUCUGAGAUUCAAGUCCCGCUCUACGGCUGCAUGCCCAACCCUCACAGCCAUUUGCCAGUCUACACAAACAUCCACCGCAUCCGACGAGAUAUCACCUCCAUUGUCGAAGAUCACCUGAGUUUGGAGCAGCUGCGUGAUGUAAGAAUCAACAUCGCUGUGGUCCGCCCGCUUGUCGACAAGUUGUAUGGGCUUGACGAUAUAUCUAUCGUUUAUUGCUUGCUUGUCAAUCGCGCUCAAUUUCUGUAUGAACAAUCUCACCUGAACAACCGGCAAAAUGUCAACUACAGUCGCGCAGUGCUUUGUGAGCUGGUGGCAACACGUAUCCUAAGACGCUUCAGCGAAGACAAUGAAGGGCCCGACGGCUUGGUGCUCCUCGCACACAUUCUGGUUGCUGGCUUUGAGCCCUUUCAGAUGGCUCCGGCCGGGAUUCGUGAGGCGGCAUCAACAGAGACAUAUAGGAGCUAUAAUCGCAUGCUUCCCUCGCUCGAGAUUGCCAUCUUGACUGAGAGCAAAUACUUCCUCAGUACCACCCCCUGCCAGAAAGUUGUCGACGCUAUUUACAAAGGCCGUAUUGUUUACACCCCUUCCAGCUUCAUGGAUAUCAUUCCGGAUCACUACAAGCUUAAGCCCAUAUCGCUGUAUAACCCCCGCGAGGGCCCACUGCUUGACCAGUACCGGCUUCUUGUACCCCGUACGCGGAACGUUCUAGAGGUUUUCCAGUUCUUGAUCCUACUCGCUCUUUAUCUCUUCGUUAUGGCCGAACGCAAACCAGAAACAUUCACUGUUCUGGAAGGCUGCUUCGCCAUUUAUGCCUUUGGUUGGUCUCUUGAUCAGUUUGCGACAAUUUUGGAGCAUGGGUGGCACGUGUACACGCAAAACCUGUGGUCCUUCCUUGAUGUAGGCUUCAUCGGCAUAUAUAUCGUGUAUGCGGUUCUCCGCAUACAUGGUGCGCGUGUUGGUGAGCUUGUCCCUAAGCAACAGGCACUCGACGUACUCGCAAUGGGUGCAUCGGUAUUGGUCCCGCGGCUAGCCUUUAACUUGUUAUCGGACAACCUCGUGUUCCUCUCACUACGCUCCAUGAUGUCGGACUUUGUUCUCCUGACGUUCUUGUCGGCGUGGUGCUUUGGCGGGUUUCUCCUGUCUCUCCUUUGGCUUGGCGAAGGCACCCACCCUCCAGUUACUAUCAGUAAGUGGAUGCUGUGGAUAUGGUUCGGUCUUGACGGAACAGGAAUCAAUGAAUCGGUUAUGUUCCACCCAAUCUUAGGCCCUGUACUGAUGGUGGCUUUCGCCUUCUUGGGCAACACUUUGUUCCUCACCAUCCUUGUAUCGAUGUUGUCCAAUACCUUCAGCACCAUUGUUAAGAACGCCACUGCUGAAAUCCAAUUCCGCAAGGCCGUCUUGACACUGGAGGGGGUCAAGGGCGAUGCAAUAUUCGCGUACCAACCUCCCUUCAACAUCCUGGCAGUGUUCGUUCUCAUCCCUCUUAAAUUCAUCUUUACUCCGCGAUGGUUCCAUAAGAUACAUGUAGCGAGCGUCAGGCUGGUCAACCUUCCGCUUCUACUCAUCAUCGCCGUGGCCGAACGCAGACUUCUUUGGCCGCCGCCGCAGCCAGAAAAGCCAAAGUCGGAUGGUCUGACCUUGUACCCGAGGGUCAAGCAGUGGUUCUGGGAAAAGUGGCGUAUAACAGCCCAUCGCGACAUCAGAGCCGUGUUUGACCUGCCGCCACCCGAGUCCGUAGAGGAGGAGAUUGCAGUGGACGACGAGCUCACCCACCACCUGAUCCGGCGGCAAUUCACAAGGUCCGUUACGGACGCCACGAUGCGGAAAAAGUCACCUCAUAGGAGAGAUUCUAUGUUCCCAGGUGUCUCGUCCAAGUUGCGCAGGUCUUUUACAGGUAGCGAGGAUAUGCAUGACGUUAGCAGCAGGCUUGAAGCGCUCGAACUGACGACCCAGAGGAUUGAGAAUCUCUUGGCACGAUUGGUGGAAUCGGGGGACUAUUCUGACAACAACUUUGGCACCGGGGGGAGCGGCACUCUUCGUGAUGGCGAUAUGUCUUUGACCCAGUCACCGAAAUAG